AUGACCUCUGCACAAUCAACUUCGUCAAUCUUCUCGGAGGAAUACAUUGCUGAGCAACGAAAGGUGCUCCCUGUCUUAGCUACGACCGAGACCUGCUCAGGGGCCACAUAUAUUGUGACAGGAGCCAAUGUCGGUCUCGGAUUCGAGGCAGCCAAACACCUAGUCAAGCUGGGAGCCGCAAAAGUCAUCAUUGCUGUCCGUAACGUUCAGGCUGGAGAGGCAGCCAAAGCCGAAAUCGAGGCAGAGGCUGAGGCAGUUGGCGUCUUAGAAGUCUGGCCACUCGACCUGGCUAGUUUUGACUCGGUCAAAGUAUUUGCGAAGAGAGCCAAUGAUGAACUAAAUCGGAUCGACGCCCUAAUUGAAAAUGCUGGCGUGUCCCUCGACAAAUGGAAGAUGGCCGAAGGGCAUGAGUCGUCUAUCACAAUUAAUGUCCUUGGGACGUUUCUUCUGGGAAUUCUACUUUUCCCGAAGAUGAUGGAGAGUGCACGGCGUUUCAACAUCCUUCCUCAUCUCGUCAUUGUCACGAGUGAAGUUAGUUUCACAGCGAAAGAGCCAUUUGACAAGAUUAAGGACGAUCCUUUAGUGAAGCUGGAUAAUGAGGAAAUUCAGGGAAUGGUGGGGAGAUACCCACUUUCCAAGCUCAUCCAAGUCCUCGCAGUCCGUUAUUUGGCAACCUUGCUCCCGGUAUCUAGAACGGGAGUAGUCGUGAAUCUUGUCAACUCAGGUCUUUGCAAGACCAAUCUCAUUCGCAAAUUGGAGAUGGCUAUACGUACGCCAAUCGAGAAGGCCCAAGAGCAAUUUGGAAGAACUGCAGAGAUGGGCAGUCGGACACUCUUGCACGCAGCGGUUGCAGAAAAAGAGAGUCACGGAUGCUAUCUUUCAGCGUGCGAGAUCAAAGAAAAUCAAGUUCCUGAAUGGGUCACCAACGAAGAAGGCAAACAAGCGCAAAAGAGGGUUUGGGACGAUAUCGCCAAAGAGCUAGAUUCUCUCAUGCCAGGCUGCGUGAAGAUCCUACUAUAA